CCUCUCCAUGACUUUAUCCCGCAUUUUUCCCGCUUCCAGCUACGUGUGCAUCGCCAUGGAAGCUCUGGAUCAGCUCCUCAUGGCCUGUCACUGCCAGAGCAUCAACCUGUUCGUGGAGAGCUUCCUGAAAAUGGUGGCCAAACUCCUGGAAUCCGAGAAACCCAACCUGCAAAUCCUUGGAACCAACUCCUUUGUGAAGUUUGCCAACAUCGAGGAGGACACCCCGUCCUACCACCGCAGCUACGACUUCUUCGUGUCCCGGUUCAGCGAAAUGUGUCAUUCCAGCCACGAGGAUCCCGACAUCCGAUCCAAGAUCCGGAUGUCCGGGAUCAAGGGCCUGCAGGGGGUGGUGAGGAAGACGGUGAACGACGAACUCCAGGCCAAUAUUUGGGAUCCUCAGCACAUGGAUAAGAUCGUCCCCUCCCUCCUCUUCAACCUCCAGCACGUGGAAGAGGCGGAAAGCCGUUCCCCGUCCCCUCUCCAAGGCACGGAGAAGGAGAAGGAGAGUCCGACGGAGCUGGCCGAGCGCUGCCUCCGGGAAUUGUUGGGAAGAGCCGCCUACGGGAAUAUCAAGAACGCCAUCAAACCCGUCCUCAU